AUUACAGCGUGUAUAAUCGGCGACGACGUCAACAUAUCCAUCCGCAUGCCGCCGACUUCAAGGAAACGACGCGCACCAGUCGACGAGGAGGAUGGCCCCAUCUCCACACAGGCAUCGCAGAGGAACCGUAAUCGGGAAUCGCCCCUAGAUGGUGACGAAGAUGUGGAGGAGGAACAGGGGAGCGGAAGCGGAAGUAUAGCCCAGCUAUCAAAGAGUUUGGUGCGAUACGCUUUAGCAUGCGAAUAUGCACGGGUUCCCAUCAAGAGGCAGGAUGUCAGCCAGAAAGUGCUGGGAUCACAUUCACGAGCGUUUAAAGAUGUAUUCACUAAAGCUAACGGACUGUUGAUUGAGGUAUUUGGCAUGGAAAUGGUGGAGCUGCCGAACAGAGAGAAAGUGACAAUGAGGCAGAAGCGAGCGGCCGCCGCAUCAGAGUCACAAUCAAAGACGAGCGGCCAGUGGGUACUGCGAACCAUGCUUCCGGACAGAUAUCGCAUCCCAGAGGUUAUCCCGCCGGCCAGCAUACCUACCAGCGAGACGGAGAGCUCCUACGUCGGGUUCUACAGUAUGGUCAUAGCCCUGAUAUCGCUCUCUAGGGGCACGCUGCCGGAGUCGAGGCUCGACCGGUUCCUCAAGCGUAUGAAUGCGGAACAGUCUACACCUGUGGACAGAACGGACAAGGUGCUGGCGAGGAUGAUCAAGGAAGGCUAUAUAGUUAGAAUCAAGGACUCGUCUGGUGGUGAGGAUGUUGUGGACUACAUGGUGGGACCGCGGGGCAAGGUCGAGGUGGGUGAGGAGGGGGUAGCCAACUUGGUCAGGACGGUGUCGGGCAGCGCAAUACCGGACCUGGAGCAGCGCCUCCACCGAAGCCUAGGAAUCAGUGGGAGCGGCGCGCCGGUUCCGUCGCAGAGGGCGGUGAAUGACGCGGGCGGGGCGUCGACGCAAGGUGCAGUGAGGCGAGGAGCCGGACGGCCACGAAGGGGAGGUGCGGCGGACGCAGAUGAGUAGGACAGGUCGCGGGC